GCCUAUUCCCCCUUACCUUCCCACCAGUUAUGAGUGACACAUCACGGCAUCACACCCAAUGCCAUGCUAGGACUGCGGCCAACUUUCAUCCGCCAUGCGACGUCCCUAGCAUCCAGCACUCGUGCUGCCGCACGCGCCACACUCGCAAACCGCUCCGCACAGCCAUCCUACCCAGUCAUUGAAACAUGUCCUUCACCAACGUGUCAAUGUUCGCCUAUGCCUGAAGGUCUCGAUAUCGACCACGCACGACAUCUCAACGGCACGGCUCCUCGCUACUCGCAACAUCUCAUCAUCUCCACAGGUCAAGCAGACUGGAAAAGCCGCAUCGAGGACGAAAAGGACUCCGCAGACUGGGGACGUCUAGUGGCGGAUUUCAAGGGUCUUUUGGGACGAGGCGGAGAAUAUCACGAUCCAUAUAACAAUAUCAUAUUGGGAACAUCAUCCUUCACCGGCAAAAGCAAGGACACCACCUCCCUGUCAGCUGUGCUCUUUCCAUCCUUCAAGAGCAUCACCAACAUUCCCGUCCAAAAUGCCUCGCAAUCGCAAUCAGAUCAUCUCCGCUUCCUGAUCCGCAGCCUCCUACUAGGUGAAUCGGCGCCACUUCACCAGCAGUAUGAUUCCUCAUCAAUCCCUUCUCCGCUGUCCAUCACUCCAAUCACCACCCCGACAAUCCUGAUCUGUAGCCACAUGUCACGAGAUUCACGAUGCGGGAUUCUAGGCCCGCUCUUGCGGGACCAAUUAGUCGAGUAUAUCGAUUUGCGGAAUCGACAGAGUCAGAGCCAGAGUUCCGAGGGCCAGGGGAAGGAGGAGGAGAAUUACAUUGCUCGGAUAGAUGAUUUCUACGACUCUUCUCCGGGAGUUAUUUCAAACACACCAACCGACAUCAAUAUGAAUAUCAAUAUCAAUAUUGGUCUCACAUCUCAUAUCGGUGGACAUGUCUGGGCAGGCAACAUGAUCAUUUACAUCCCACCACACACGGAUAUCUCUGGGACAUCGUCACCGCCCCAUCCACUAGCGGGCAAAGGAAUCUGGUAUGGUCGUGUGGAACCGAAACAUGUACCGGGUAUAUUCGAGGAAACGGUAGUUAAGGGUCAGGUCAUCAAGGAGUUACUCAGAGGAGUGGUCGGAUAGAUGAGGGUAUGGCUUUGAACAUUUCACCGGAUUGAAUUAGAAUUAGGUACUUAAUUG